AUGCAUGUAGAAGACAGAAGUGCUCCUCUUCAUUACUUAAACCAGCUCUUUUGUCUCUUAGGAAUCACAACUGUGCUAACAAUGACCACCUUGAGUACCAUCUCCCGCAAGCACCUUCCCCGUGUUUCCUACAUCACAGCCAUGGAUCUCUUUGUCUCUGUGUGCUUCAUCUUCGUCUUUGCAGCUCUUAUGGAGUACGCUACACUCAACUACCUGGUGGGAAACAAGAAACCACUUGAGCACAACAACAGGAAAGCCAGGCUGCCACCAGCUGGUGCACAGGUGAUGCCAUCCUUUACCACUAUCAACAUCAACAAUAUCAUGCACUGGCCCCCAGAGAUGGAAGAGGAUGAGGAUGAAGAUCCUGGCUCCCCAUGCCUGGAAGGAAAGGAAUGUGAGAGAUUCUUCUGCUGCAUUGAGGACUGUCAGACAGGAAUGUGGCGGGAGGGGAGGGUCCGCAUUCACAUCUCCCGCCUGGACUCCUACUCUCGUGUCUUCUUCCCCACCGCCUUCCUGCUCUUCAACAUUGUCUACUGGAUUGCCUAUCUCUAUCUCUAGCUGUUCUUUGUCCUCAGCUGGAAUGGACUGGAGACCAGCAAGAUGGGCUUCUCAAGGAGCAUAGAGAACAGCAUCUUUUUCUGUUCUAGUCGACUGUUGGUCUGAACAAUCCAACUUGGUGAUUCCCUCUUCCUGCUCUCUCAUCUCUUCUAAGAAGAACCAGACAGCUUUUUUUUAGCCUUCUAACAUAUCUUUUUAGAGAAUCUACCCUUCCCAAACAACUCCCUCUCCACCACCACCAGCACUUUACUC